AUGGCCGGGGUCACUCGCUUAGGCUUCUUAGCCGUCGCCGUGGUCUUUCAUCUGGUCUAUGUUCUGUCCAUUUUCGAUGUCUACUUUGUUAGCCCGAUCGUGUCGGGCAUGCAAUUGUUCCAAGUUGAGAGGAAGGCGCCCGAUUCCAAACCACCGGCUGACCGCCUUGUCUUGUUCGUCGGCGAUGGACUACGUGCCGACAAGACUUUCCUUUCCUUCCCCGAGCCGUACCCGAAAACAGAAGAGGAUUUAGUCCCUCGACCACUCGCUCCCUUUUUGCGCUCGCGCGUCCUCGAACACGGAACCUUCGGCGUCUCCCACACAAGAGUCCCCACCGAAUCCCGUCCUGGCCAUGUCGCCCUCAUCGCGGGUUUAUAUGAGGAUGUAUCUGCCGUCACUACGGGCUGGAAGCUGAACCCCGUCAACUUCGACAGUGUGUUCAACAGAAGCCGGCACACCUGGAGCUGGGGAAGCCCUGACAUUCUGCCCAUGUUCCAACAUGGCGCUGUACCCGGACGCGUCGAUGCUUAUACUUAUAGCGAAGAAUUUGAAGAUUUCUCGCAAGAUGCCACGGCUCUCGACUACUGGGUUUUCGAUCAUGUGAAGGAACUGUUCGCUGAGGCUGCGCAGAAUAAGACCUUGAACGACGCUCUUCGCCAGGAUAAGGUCGUCUUCUUCUUGCAUCUCCUCGGCCUCGACACCACUGGACACGGAUAUCGGCCCUACUCGAAAGAAUACCUGCAUAAUCUCCAGGUCGUUGACAAGGGCGUCAAGGAGAUGGUAGACCUCAUCGAGCAGUUUUACGGCGAUGAUCGCACAGCCUUCGUUUUCACUGCCGAUCACGGCAUGAGUGACUGGGGUAGUCACGGAGACGGCCAUCCCGAUAAUACUCGAACGCCUCUGAUCACCUGGGGUUCUGGAAUUGCCAAGCCCGUCCUUACGCCGGAUACCGUUGCCCCUGGCCAUGACGAAUACUCGGCCGAGUGGGGCCUGAGCAACAUUAAGCGCCAUGAUGUCAACCAGGCCGACAUCGCGGCGUUGAUGACAUACCUGAUCGGCGCCGAAUUUCCGGCCAACUCGGUGGGAGAGCUGCCCCUGUCGUAUUUGUCUGCGGACAUCAAGGAGAAGGCGGAAGCGUCCCUUGUGAAUGCGCGCGGAAUCCUCGAGAUGUACAGGGUGAAGGAGGAGCAGAAGAAGAAGACCGAGCUGCGAUACAAGGCCUUCGCGCCUCUCAGCGCCGCUGAACUCACGCCGAGCGCCCGCCUCGCAUCCAUCCAGAAGCUGAUCGCGGGUGGAAAGUAUGAAGAGGCCAUUGAGGAGUCGGACUCUCUGAUGAAGCUCGGACUCGAAGGUCUCAGGUAUCUUCAAACAUAUGACUGGUUAUUCCUCAGGGCGCUCGUCACGGUGGGAUACCUAGGAUGGAUGGCCUUCGCCCUUACCACCGUCAUGGACGUCUAUGUUCUCCAAAGCUCCACACCGCCCUCGAGAACACUACUUAGUACCGUCGUGUUUUCGUCCGCUCUCGUGCUCUUCUACGCAUCAUUCAUUAUUUCCAAGUCUCCCAUGACUUAUUAUGCAUACGCCUUCUUCCCCGUCGUCUUUUGGGAGGAGGUAUAUGCUCGGAGGCAUAGUCUAGUAAAGGGACAGAGGGCACUCUUUGGCCAUAUACAAUCCAGUGCCGCACUCUUUUCCUUGGUGUUGAAUGCGACUCUUUACGUCGGCGUGGUGCUGUCCCUGGCGCUCGGCUAUAUUCAUCGGGAAGUCCUCACGGUCUUAUACGUGCUUGGAGCCUUCUGGCCCCUAACCCGUGGGGUCAACUUCAUCCAAAAAUAUACUGCUUUGUCGGCAACUUGGAUUGUAUCCUGCCUCGUCAUGAGCACAUUUACCCUGCUCCCAGCGAUGAAAACUGAAAGCAUCCCUCUAAUCAUGCUCGGUGGUAUUCCUAUGGUUCUGAUUGGCGUCCUGUACCUCUUGUUUGAGGAUUUCGUGUUGUCAGACUUUGGGACCCAAAAGCCGACAAGCUCGAGUAAGGGUUCGGGCAACCUAACUAGCCGGAUAUUGACGGGAAUCCAAAUCGGGUUCGUCCUCUUGGCCAUGGUUGUGACAAGAUCGAGCGCUUUGUCGCUCCAGGCCAAACAGGGCCUCCCCCGCGGGAAUCAAAUUGUGGGAUUCAUAGUUCUGAUCGUUCCUCUCUUCAUGCCGCUAGUGUACCGCGGACAGGACAGCCAUCAUUACUUGCACCGGUUACUCAUCAUGUUCCUCACCUGCGCGCCGACAUUCGUCCUGCUAACCAUCUCCUACGAGGGCUUGUUUUACGUCGCAUUCUCCACCACACUUGUCUCAUGGGUUAGGCUGGAGCAUCGAGUUUACACAGACAGGGUUGCAGCCGAAAACGCAGCCGCACAGAAGCCGAAUGGCUCCAUGGGUAGUAGUGAAACGAAGGUGGCUGAUUCCGAAUUCCGCCCCUUGGACCUUGCAGAUGCAAGGGUCGCACUCUUCUUCUUCGUGCUUCUCCAGUCAGCAUUCUUCAGCACGGGAAAUAUCGCCUCGGUAUCGGCCUUCAGCCUCGAGAGCGUGAACCGGCUCAUGCCCGUUUUCGAUCCCCUCUCCCAGGGCGCAUUGCUAAUUCUAAAGCUUAUCAUCCCGUUCGCGCUCAUCUCGGCCAAUCUCGGCGUGCUGAAUAAGCGUCUGGGUGUGGCGCCGUCGGCGCUCUUCAUGCUCGCCAUGGCCGUCAGCGACAUCCUGACGCUCUACUUCUUCUGGGUAGUCAAGGACGAGGGGUCGUGGCUGGAGAUCGGAUCGACGAUUAGCCAUUUUGCAAUUGCCAGCUUCCUCUGCGUGUUCGUCGCGCUGUUGGAGGGUGUUAGCGCGUUAUUCAUCUCCGGGAUGGAGGUGGAAGUAGGCGCCGUUGAGGUCCCCGUCGCUAGUGGGAAGGGUGCGGAGAAAGCUUCGCUCAAGACCAAUGGUGUGGCGGGUAAUGGAAAGACGAAGCGCAUCUCAGAUAAUUAG